AUGCUCAACGGAAAUAACACCGCUACCUUCAUCGAGAGAACUGACGUGGUAAAACUCGCACCGUUGACAGUGCCCAAAUUCGACGGGAACCACAAGAACUGGGUCCCUUGGAAAGCCAACUUCCAAGCGCUUAUACACGAUCGUCCAGGAAUGGCGGGAAGCGUCAAACUAUCCCAACUUCAAAAUGCAGUUCACGGUUUAGCAGCGACCGAACCUAGAAUGGCUAGCGCAAGUGAAGAUCUAUUUCCAGUCAAAAAGAGGAAAAUUGAUGAUUCUAAAUGUUUCCAGUUCAACGAGCACUUCGACGCUCUGCUAAAGUUAGCUCCCGUUCAAAAUCCAACCGCCGAAACCACAGCCACCCUUAUGUACACCGUCCGUCAGCACGUCAGCAUGCUCAAAACAAUGAACAUUGCGAUCUGCGACGAGUUUGUCCUGCGAAUUCUCGAGAGAUGCCUGCCCGGGUAUCUCCUGUCGCGAUGGAUGGAUAAACACUCAAAUCGCGAAAUCCCCAAAUUGGAAGAAUUGUACAUCUUCGUUCAGGAUUCAAUAUUUAAACAACGAGCGAUAGCUGAGAAGGUGCCUAAUGAGACUUUCCCUCGGGAGAAAUUCAACAUCCCCAAGAAUAUCAAAUUAGCAGAUCCCCAAUUUCAUAUACCCAGACCGGUCGAUGUCUUGCUAGCGUCAGGUCCAACCCUGUCUUCUCUUGCCAUAGGGCAAAUCAAGCUGAAUGACGAAAGAUCCCAAAUCACUCUUCAAAAAACUUCUUUCGGCUGGAUAGCAGCCGGAGGAUCAAUCUUAUCAACGAUUCCCAACUCCGUUUCGUGCAAUGCGGUGAGGUUAGAUUCACUCCUAGAAAGAUUCAUGGCGAUGGAAGACGUGGAUUAUCAACCCAUCAAGUCAGAAGAGGACGUAGCAUGCGAAAGGUUCCGAGCAGAGUACGAAAAGGAAUUCAACGGGUAUCUGGAACUUGGCCACAUGACGCUGUGCGAGGACGACAACAACGAUGGUUACUACUUGCCUCACCACGCGGUGAUCAAGGAGUCCAGCGAAACGACGAAAUGUCGUGUCGUUUUCGACGCUUCUGCAAAAUCCUCCACGGGCAUUUCGUUGAACGAUAUGCUGUUGACUGGACCGACCAUUCAGGAAACUCUGUGGAAGCAAGUUUUGCGAUUCCGUUCUCAUCCCUUCGUCAUUACUGCCGACAUCGAAAAGAUGUACCGACAAAUCUGGAUUCAUCCCGACGAUAGGAAGUUCCAGAAGAUCUUGUGGUACCACGAAGGCGAAGUUCGAACUUUCGUUCUCAACGUUGUAACUUUCGGGGUGAAGUGUGCUCCUUUUCUCGCAAUUCGAACAUUGCAUCAGUUAGCCGUUGAUGAAGAGAGCAGAUUCCCAAGGGCGGCAAUGCUACUUCGUCGAGACUUCUACGUUGACGAUUUCCUUUCAGGUGCAGACACGCUGGAGGACAUCAUGAGGAUUCGCGACGAGAUGAUCAAACUUUUAAGUCGUGGGGGGUUCGUGAUACGAAAAUGGUCCUCGAACCAUCCGUCGGCUUUAGACAACAUCGAUAAAAACAUCUUCGAUUUAGAUUGCGGCUUAUUAGGUCCUUUAACCCUGUAUGCCAAAACAUUAAUUCAGGAAUGUUGGAAAGCUAACGUUACCUGGGACGAAUCUCUACCUCAAGACAUCCACACCAAGUGGAUCGCUUUAGCUGAACAACUUCCUUUAGUGCGAGAAGUCGCGUUACCAAGGUAUCUGCGAUAUGACGUUGCGAACCCAGUAUCCACCGAGAUACACGGUUUUUGCGACGCGUCGAUAAAGGGAUACGGCGCGUGCAUCUACAUUCGUUCCGUUGACUCUGCGGGAAAUGUCACUGUUAGGUUAGCCUGCAGUAAAUCCAAGGUUGCUUCGCUUAGCCAUCACACCAUACCUCGUUUGGAACUCUCUGGCGCUGCCCUUCUGAAGGGACUAUAUGUCGAACUGGUGACCCAGCUGACUUUCAAUAUCGUGCGAACAAUUCUUAGAACAGACUCAAAAAUCGUUCUCUGCUGGUUAGACAAAGCUCCUCAUCUACUUAGAACCUACGAAGCGAACCGAGUCGCUGAUAUUCAAACGCUGGGUGAGAAGGUCGAGUGGAAACAUGUUCGUUCGAAAGACAAUCCGGCUGAUUCACUAUCCCGAGGACAACUACCCAGGGAACUUUUAACUGAACCCCUCUGGCAUUCGGGCCCUCCAUGGUUAGCUCUUCCUGAAGAUCAAUGGCCUUCAUCGGAAGAAUCCUCGUUAGGUGAUCCUCCAGGCGCGACAGAGGGAAUUGUUUUAUUCACAGCCUCUUCUGGAAGUAACGUCUACUCUCGUUUCUCUGAUUACGGAUGCCUUAUUAGGUCCAUCGGAUAUCUUCUCCGUUGGAGUAGAAGGGAAUCACUACUAGACGAUACCCAAGAUGCGAAUAAAUCGCAACGAGGGAUUCGUUACCUCUCCCAAGCCGAAAUAGUUUACGCAGAACGCCAAAUCCUUCUUCUCAUCCAAAGAGAAUGUUUUAGUUUUGAGAUAAGAUUGCUCAAGUCGACUACGAAAUUAAUUUCCAAAGGCCCCAACGGCGCUUUCAGGAGUCGAACGAAGUUCGAUGAACUCAAUCCUUUCUUAGACGAGCAUGGACUGAUCAGAGUAGACGGUCGGUUGAAGAAUUCAAAUCUUCAAUUCAAUCAAAAAUACCCUAUUUUGCUACCCAGCAACCAUCACGUGUCAGAUCUCAUCAUCCGCGACGCUCAUCAUCGAAAUCUUCACGGAGGGGUCCAAUCCACUCUUUACAGGAUACGCGAAAGGUUUUGGAUUCUCAACGGUCGAAACCAGAUUCAACAUGUCUUGCGCCGCUGCGUACCCUGUCUUCGGCAAAGGCCAAAAUUCUCACACGCCAAGAUGGCAGACCUUCCAGAAUCUCGAGUAAACCCUGCGUUCACUUCCGCGAAGACCGGCGUAGAUUUUUUUGGUCCGAUUAUGAUCAAAGAAAAAAAGGAUCGAAAUCGAAGUUUCCUUAAGGCGUAUGGGUCCGUUUUCGUUUGUAUGGCCACUAAGGCUGUCCACAUCGAGAUAGCAUCCGAUCUCUCAGCUGAGGGCUUCCUCGCGUGCUUUCGUCGGUUCGUUGCCACGCACGGCAAACCGACCACCAUGUACUCUGACAAUGGUACUAACUUUGUGGGCGCAAAUAGCGAACUGCAAAGGAUUUACCAAUUACACAAUUCACCCGAAUUUAAGGACGCGAUUCAAUCUUUUGCUGCAGCCGAACGGAUUGAGUGGAACUUUAAUCCACCUCUCUCACCGUACUUCGGCGGUUUAUGGGAGGCGGCAGUUAAAAGCUUCAAACACCAUCUGAAUCGUGUCGUCAAGGACCAAAAGCUCACGUACGAGCAAUUGGAAACAUUGUUAAAGGAAAUCGCCGCCGUGUUAAACUCUCGACCAUUGUACGCGAUUUCUGCUGAUCCAAACGAUUCCCUUGCGAUAACUCCUGCUCAUUUUUUGAUCGGGCGUUCCUUCAAUUUCUUACCCGACCAAAAUUAUGUUUCAGUUCCGGACAAUCGCCUCACUUCCUACCAGCUCGUCUCUAAAGCUAGACAAGCCUUCUGGAGUAAAUGGCAGAAGGAGUACUUGCAUGAACUGCAAACUCGUCAGAAGUGGUUGAAUUCCGGAACCGUAUUAUCACCUGGAUCUGUGGUUGUGUCGAUGGAGGACAACCCUGCUUGCGCAAGAUGGCCGCUGGGUGUCGUCGUGGAGAUCCACCCUGGGAGCGAUGGCAUUGCUCGAGUAGCAUCGGUGAAGAUGGCUUCCGGAAUCUACAAACGGAACAUUACUCGGCUCUAUGUGCUCCCUGUAGAUCAGGAAAACGCGGACCCGUUGGAGUCUCAAGUCACCCUCCCGAACUCGUGA